GAAAGGGCAGGCCCCCAAAGUGACUUUCCAAUCUGUUUUCGUGAUUCCAGCCAAGUUCCCUUUAAUGUAUGGAGCAGGCGAAGUUGAGCUGACUCUCUUAUAAUAUCACGGAACUCAGACGCAGCUGCUGCUUUAAGUGGCACUGUGUGAUAAUACAACAGCUCUGCUAUUUACUGGGACUCAAGUGCCUGGACUGGCACACGGAGACAUUAUAUGAAAUCCGAAAGCAUGAGGAUAAAGGAAAUCUCGUUGCGGCAAGAUCCUGAUCUAAGGAAGGAGUUGGCACUGCUAGCUCGAGGAUGUGAUUUUGUUUUACCUUCUAGAUUCAAGAAGAGACUGAAAGCUUUUCAGCAGGUCCAGGUUCAGACAAAGAAGGAAGAAACUCUGCCACCAUCGCUUAGUCAAACCAUUCCAACUUUCUAUUUUCCUCGAGGAUGUCCUAAGGAAAAAGUAAACAUAGAUGCUGUGAUUGCCAAAAUUGAGAAAACUUUCUCACAGUUUCCAAAUGAGAGGGCAACUUUAGAUGACAUGGGGAAAGUUGCAAAGGCUUGUGAUUGCCCACUCUACUGGAAAGGUCCUUUGUUUUACUGUGCUGGAGGUGAACGAACGGGAUACGUGUCAGUUCAUAAAUUUGUUGCAAUGUGGCGGAAAAUACUUCAGACCUGCUAUGAUGAUGCUGCAAAGUUUGUUCAUCUUCUAAUGAACCCUGGAUGCAACUACUUAGUGCAAGAAGACUUCAUUCCUUUUUUACAAGAUGUGGUAAAUAGCCAUCCUGGCCUAUCAUUUCUAAAAGAAGCAUCUGAGUUUCAUUCUCGGUACAUUACCACAGUUAUACAGAGAAUAUUUUAUACAGUAAAUAGGUCCUGGUCUGGGAAAAUCACUUGCAACGAGCUCAGGAAAAGCAAUUUUUUGCAGAAUGUGGCAUUAUUGGAAGAGGAAGCUGAUAUUAACCAGCUGACAGAGUACUUCUCAUAUGAACAUUUCUAUGUUAUCUAUUGCAAAUUUUGGGAGCUGGAUACAGACCAUGACCUCUAUAUUGAUCGGAAGGAUUUAGCUCGACAUAAUGAUCAUGCAAUAUCAAGUAGAAUGAUAGAGAGGAUCUUCUCAGGAGCAGUAACAAGAGGUAGAAAAGCACAAAAAGAUGGAAAAAUUAGCUAUGCUGAUUUUGUCUGGUUUUUGAUAUCUGAAGAAGACAAGAAGACACCAACUAGCAUUGAAUACUGGUUUCGCUGCAUGGAUCUUGAUGGAGAUGGUGCUUUGUCUAUGUAUGAAUUGGAGUAUUUUUAUGAAGAACAGUGCCAAAAAUUAGAUAACAUGGCCAUAGAACCCUUGCCAUUUGAAGAUUGUUUGUGCCAGAUGCUGGAUCUUGUGAAGCCACAGUAUGAAGGAAAAAUUACUCUGCAUGAUUUAAAGAGAUGCAAGUUGACAAAUGUGUUUUUUGAUACCUUUUUCAACAUUGAAAAAUACCUCGACCAUGAACAGAAGGAUCAAUUUUCUAUUUUGCGGGAUAGUGAAGGUGAAAGUCCAGAGGUCUCUGACUGGGAGAAGUAUGCUGCUGAAGAGUAUGACAUCUUGGUAGCAGAAGAGGCAGCAAGUGACCAGUGGAAUGACGGAUAUGAAGCUGAACUGAAUCCUGUAGACCAUCAGAAGGCCAGUGUCCUGAAGUAUCAGAUGGAAAAAAGACCAUUUUUUGAAAUGCCUUCCCAUCUGGCUGAUGUAGACUUGGAUGAAUACGACUAUGAAGAGGACUUUGAGUAGCGGUUGCAGUCAUCACUUGCAGAACAGAAGGGACAGUCUGCAGCGGGUCUGCUACACACCUAUAUGUUUCAGUGGGUUUUGGUUCCAGGAACUCAGCUUAGUUUUGUGCUAAAAGUAUUUAAUCACCAAACUACCUUUUACAUAAAUGCAUUUGUAUGGAAUGAUGAAACUUUUUGUAUUUAUUCAAUACUCUAUAGUUUGUAAAAUAGAUUAAAAUAUUUAUUUACAGAUGUUGCGUAAUUCCUUCUUGGAAGAAUAACACUAUUUGACUUAAAUCUGCUGUUUUUAAAAGAACUCUGUAAUUCUAAGUUGACGUGUGGUGCACUGACCAUCUCCAUCCCUUAUGUAAAUAGGUAUUUCCUGUACUGCUAUGGGAGGUGAGCAGGUGAUGCAUACCCGGUUGGCAAUGCGUCUAUGCUCAUACAGGUCCUAGGGCUUUUCUGCCUUGCCAAGGAAGAGACGGUACUGUGAGCACAGGAUUCGUCUCUUUCUUACAGAUAGUUUCACUGGACAAGCUGAGCAUUUUGGUGCAUAAGGAAAACUAAUGCCAGAAAUAAGUUGCUUUUCUUCUCUGCGUAGUCCUUAUUUGCCUCAACUUUAACUUGCUCGGCCUUUUAAACGUCAGUGUUUUCAUUGACAUUCAUUAUAAAAAGACAGUUUAAUAGUGAAGUCUGUUCGUGUUCAUACUUGAUCCAAAAUGAAAGUUGAAAUUCUUGCAGAAGGAACCAAUUUUUUUAAAAAUCCUUUGUAUAAAUGUUACCUGAUCAGUGAUGUGCACUAUUUUGUUGUGGGCAUUCAGUGCUUUUGUCUGUCCUCCCCUUCAGUUGUUUGCUAUUGACACAUUCCAUGGAUAUUCAUUCAGUGUCACAGCAGCUUGAAAUUGUUGCCUCACUGUUAAACAGAUUUUGUUGGGAAAAAAAAAAAAUGGACAGAAAGAUGUAAGUUAUUUUUUGGUUGCAGUGUAGAUCUGCUUAAAAUGUUUUAAAAUCAUGUUUGUAUUUGCAAAUAAAGAUUUUCAUACGUGUAAUGUAAUGGUUCUAAUUAAUGUUAUGUACUACAUAUAAUUAAUUUCCUAUUUAAAGACCCAUUUAAGGUAUUAUGGGUUACAAAUGUAUGCAGCCUGGUUAGAUAAUUACACCAAGCUGCAUAUUUAGAGCAAUUGAGUU